AUGGCGACAACGACGGGAUGGGCUCAACUUCGUCAACAGAUCAGGACGCUGGAAAGCCAGACCGAAGCUCUAUUUCACACCUAUUCACAAUAUGCCUCGACCCCCAAUCUCCCCCCCAAACCGUCCGAGGAUGAACAAAGGAACGAAGCCGAAAUACAGGAGCUGUUGGAAAAGCGUGAAGGAUUGGUCUCGCAACUCGCACGCCUCCUCGACUCCGAGAGUGUCCUGAGCACAUCCAGCUUGAAACAGAACAAUCUCUCGCGCCACCGCGAAGUCCUGGGUGAACACCGCCAGGAACUUCGUCGCCUCAAAAGCUCCAUUUCGGAAGCCCGUGACCGGCAACACCUCCUCGCGAACGUGCGCUCCGACAUUGACGCAUUCCGAUCGUCUAACCCGGCCGAGGCCGAGGCCGAGUACAUGCUCCAGGAGCGGACUCGACUAGACCAAAGCCACAAUGUCAUUGACGGCGUGUUGUCCCAGGCAUACGCCAUCAACGAGAAUUUUGGCAUUCAGAGAGAGACUCUGGCAAGCAUCAAUCGACGCAUUACCGGCGCCGCGGCCCAAAUUCCUGGCGUGAACGGACUGAUUCAGCGGAUUGGGUCGAAACGGCGGAGAGACGGAAUCAUUCUGGGGAGUUUCAUCGCAUUCUGUGUCCUGAUGCUGCUGUAUUUCAGCUAG